AUGUCAUUUUACUCAGAAAUUUCGCGUCUUGAUCUCGCAAAAGACGAAAAGGCGGCCUUGCGCGCGUACUUUACUAAGAACCCUACCCAGGAGGAGAAAGCGUCUAAUAUUCUACCGAUCUGUGAGGACGACGACGCGAGGGUUCAGUAUCUGCGGAACCUGCUGGAACCGUAUUGUGUACUUAGUGGAGCGUUUGCAGAAAGCCGACCCCGCUCACCGAUUACUGAACUAGAGAGCUCGUCUAAGCGUGCAAGGACCCACCAAAUUAGAGAAGAAAAUCUUGAAGUUCUCGAUGGCAUUGCGCCUAGCAAUUACGCCGCUUCUAAAUAUGCUGAACACAUCCCUGGCAUACCUAUUUACCAUCACAGACCCAUAAGCCUUACUAAUAUCCCAGUCAGGUUUUAUUGCGAAAUUUUCGAGAAAUUUCAAACCCUAUUUGGUGGUGAUGUUGAUAUGCCUCCAGAUGUCAAAGAAACAUAUACGCAGCUCGUGUGGGAACUAGCUGCUCAACUAUCAGAUCUCGAGUCUGUGGAAGAGAAGCGUGAAGUUAUUUUCAGAAAACUUCUGGACUACCUUUUGGGUAAACUCACUCCGGCAUUGGCGACAGAAAAUUUCGUUAAUCAACAUUUUAGGACGGAUGGCACAGUUUUCAAGAUCGUUUCCGCCACGCGGUUUCUAAUCCUCAACCUGGAGGAAUAUGAAGAUUAUGCUAAAAAUACUUGCAUGCCAUCAUUCCUCCUCACUUUAGAUGGUACACACCUCAUGAUCUGCAGUGCGGUCAUGGCUGAUUUCGCCUGCGUGGACAAACUCACUUCAUCAAUUCCACUCGAUAUUAAUAUGAUGCUCUAUGACAACGGCUUUGCUGAGAUGGCAGCUCGCGCCUUGUGUCCUGUGUGGAUGAUCUCCAAAAGCACUACCAAGAUCUCAUAA